ACGAUGGAUAUGUAUCGAACACUUGAGAGCCGCUGAGCAAAAUCCAGAUUUAUCCCGGUACUAGGCCGGGAUCCGGCAUAAAUGCAUCCCGCCGCCGAUUCAGCGCGGUCGCAGUCACCAACUCAAGUCCUGGAACUAAUUAACCAUCUUCUUCCUCUCCUCCUACUCUCUUCUCUCACCGUCAAGUCUUUCUUUGGUCGAUGGCAGGUUAUUCGGACCAAGCUCACCUCUCUCCGUUCCUCCGUUUCUGAUAUCUCGGAUUGCCCCCACUGGUCGGAGAAUCCACUCCUCCAUGACCUCCUCCCUAACCUCCUGUCAACUCUCCACAAGACAAAGUCCCUCUCCGACCUUUGCCAUGACCCUUCCUCCUACACCGGCGGCAAGCUUCUCUUGCAGAGCGACCUAGAUAUGGCAUCCGCUUCCCUCUCUUCCAUCCUUCACGACCUCGACUUGCUCCUCAAAUCCGGUGUCCUCCGCCAAUCGAAUGCCAUCGUUCUCUCUCAACCCGGUCCCGGCUCCGGCAAAGAGGAGCUAGGUUUUUUCAUCCGCGACCUCUUCUCUCGCUUGCAGAUCGGAGGCAUCGAGUUCAAGAAAAAGGCCCUGGAUUCGCUGCUCCAGCUCCUCAGAGAAGAUGACAAGGCAACUGUUCUGGUCCCAAAAGAGGGCGAUGUUGGUUUCUUGGUCCAUUUGCUCGACUCCAGCAAUCCAUCUCCCUCAGUUCGAGAGCAGGCGGCGCUGGCUGUUUCUCUCCUUGCCACCGCCAGCGAUUCAUCCAGGAAUUGCGUCUUCGAAGAAGGGGGUUUGGGCCCUCUGCUUCGUCUUCUCGAGACGGGGUCUUCGGGUUUGAAGGAGAAGUCCGCGAUGGCGGUCGAGGCGAUCACCGCCGACCCGGAAAACGCGUGGGCCAUCUCUGCAUAUGGUGGCGUCCCUGUGUUGGUGGAGGCGUGUCGAUCGGGAUCGCCUGUCACGCAGACGCACGCCGCCGGCGCGAUAAAGAAUGUUGCCACCGUCGAAGAUAUUAGGUUAGCGCUGGCGGAGGAAGGCGUGGUGCCGGUUCUGGUCCAGUUAUUGGUUUCAGGCACCGGCUCCGCCCAAGAGAAAGCGGCCAAUUGCCUUUGGAUCCUAGCCUCAUCGGGCGAAGAUUUUAGGGUUUCCAUACUAGAUGAAGGAGGACUACAGAGGCUUCUUCAGUUGUUACAGGAAUCAUCGAGUUCGGAUACAAUAGAACAAGUCCUGAGAGCGAUUUACGCACUCUCGGCUUCGGCUUCGGCUUCAACGGCGAGGAUCCUAUCAUCGUCUUCCCCAUUCCUAAUGCAUCUCUUCGAGCUGAUCAAGAACGGAAACCUAAUGGUCCAGCAGAUAUCGGCAUCUCUACUGGCUAACUUAUCAAUAAGCGAUGGAAGCAAGCGGGCCAUGGCAGGGUGCAUGGGUUCACUCGUGAAAAUGGUGGAGUUUUCGAAGCCGGCAGGGUUGCAGGAUGUAGCGGCACAAGCGCUUGUCUCUUUGCUAACCGUUCGAUCCAAUCGGAAGGAACUGGCGAGGGACGAGAAGAGUGUGCUGAGGUUGGUUCAGAUGUUGGAUCCUCAGAACGAAUUAGUCUGCAAGAAACUUCCGGUAUCGGUAAUAUCAGCGAUCUUGGCCGGCAGCGGCAAGGGAAGCCGGAAGAGGAUUGCGGCUGCGGGAGCUUUUCCGUAUUUGCAGAAGCUCGCCGACAUUGACGUCGCCGGCGCAAGAAAGGCGUUGCAGAGACUCUCCGGUAACCGACUCAAGAACAUUUUCAUCAGGACUUGGAGGGAAUAAUGAAUAAAGAUACUAACCUACAAAGGGACUCGUUUGGAUUGGAUUUCUAACCGUCGAGAAAUCUACUUCUCCCAGACAAGAAAGUGAGAAACAAAAACACAUUUCGAAUACUCCAAGAUUUUUAACAUUAAUUUAUUGUCGUCUAGGAAACAAGAACUAAAAAAAAAAAAAGGAAGAAAAAGAAUGUCUCCAGUCUUUUUUCAUAGGGAGAAGAGAAUAAGGGUUUCUAGUUGUUAGUAUUUUCUCUAUGGUAUAUAAAAGUGACAAAAUAGAAGCAUGGAUGCGGUUUUUUAAGGAGUAUCCUCUUUCUUAACUUCUAUAUAUAUA